AUGGAAGGAGUAUUCGUGCUCGACUUCGAGUCGCCCACAACCUCUAGCGACAACGAGCACAUUCUCGUCCUUGAUCUGCCAAGCCACCCAUCACCACCAAGGUGGAGCCACCCAGAAGAAACUGACUACCAGCGACCCGGCCUUGACGACACCUUCCGCGCUCUUGCCGUACCCCUCGCUUCAACCACGAACCCUGCACACACGGGACUGCAAGCGGUGGAGGAAGGAGAAGAGGGCACGUCAGAGACGGCAGUCGCAACAACCAAAGCAACAGACAAGAAGAUUGCGCAACCAAUCUGGCCUCCAGCUCCACAACCUACCGGCUGGAACACCACCGAAGGAUGGGACGCCGUAGACGUGCGCUGGGUCAUGGAAAACACAGUGCUGGGAGAAGCCAUUGCAGCCGAAACCAGAUGGGGGAACGUCGCCGGAGAAGCCGUUGCAGCCGAAACCAGAAGGGGAAACGUGGUCGGAGAACCUGCAGCAGAAGAAUUAGGGACAGUGGAAAUACCAGAAGUCAAUGAGGAAGCACCUGAAGCAGAGGAAGAGGAGUCUUUGACAGAGUACGGACCUCACCUUAUCCCCAUCAUGACGGACAGCAGGGACUACCUCCGCCUCGAGACAAGGGGAGUGGCGAUAGGCAAUGCCGACUCCGAGGAAGUCAUGUUGCCAGAAUACCGUCACUCGCAAACCACUUCGACGACUCCCGAAGGCCCACCAGAGCUUCCAGUGACGAUCGACACCAUUAUCAUCGGCGACACGAGCGGAACAUACAACGGCGCAACUCUUUGA